UUGACAUGCAAUCUCACGAUUUGCUGGUAAUACAUUCGGACGAGCAGCCACUGGCUUCAUACAUGUAAAUAUGGACACCUGCUAAGAUCCACGUUCAAGUCCCCGCAGCAUAGACGCAGCAUGGAGGUGCACUGUGGUGGACUUUUCUUUACCUCCAAGUUCGACUCCGGAAAUCUCAGGAGAGUCGAACAAGUGGAUCGGAGUCUGACUAGCGCGCAGAAUGAUGACAAUGAGCCUGACUAUGAGUUCAAUGUGUGGACCAGACCGGACUGUGCAGGCACAGCGUACGAGAACGGAAACAGGUCCUGGUUUUACUACAGCGUGCGGGGCUGGUCCCCCGGCAGCCUCAUUAAGUUCAACGUGAUGAAUCUGAAUCGACAGAUGCGGCUCUACAAUCACGGCAUGACUCCGCUGAUGAUGGACGGCAGCUGUGUGCUGACGUUCACCUAUCGCUUCCCCGAGAGCAAGAGUGCGACCACCUACUUCACCUUCUGCUACCCGCACUCGUACGAGGAGUGCCAGAGCAUGCUCGCGUCUCUCGACAAGCGAUUCCAGUACUGCAAGCAGCUCACGCCCGACAGUUCGCCGCGGACGAUAUACUACCACCGCGAGCUGGUCACGACGUCGAUCGAGGGGCUCAACGUUGACCUUCUGACCAUCACGUCGUGCAAGGGCAUGACCGAUACCAGGGAGCCGUAUCUGCACAAGCUGUUCCCUGACCGGUCGCAGCCGCGGCCGCACGUGUUCAAGGGCAAGCGGCGGGGGGAGGGGAAGGGGAGGGACGAAGAGAAGGGCGGCCGGGGGAAGACGAAGGAGAGCGCGGCGCAGGACGCCGCGGGGGGCCGGAGGAACGGCGGCAAAGCGGGGAAGCUUGGCAGGGAGGCGCAGGAGCGGAGGAAGUCGCACCCGGGCAAGGAGGAGACCACGAGGUUGCAGCGCCUGCCCGUGAUCGAGCGCGUCGACAGCGGUGGCGCCCCCGUCGUGCUCACCAGCAGCCACGCCGCGACGGGCGACGGCGUUUUCGAGACGGACAGCAGCAGCAACGGCAGCAUUGCCGCGGCAACCGACGUCGGCACGGCAACCGACGUCGACGAUAUCGCCGCGACGGGCGACAUCGCCAGCUACACCUGGAGGGAUGCGCGGGCGCGUGACGGUGGCGCCUUCUUUCCGGCGAUCCGCGCGAGGAAGCCCAUCGCCGCGGCAACGACGACGACGACGUGCGACAAGCGCGACCUCGCCGCGACCCCUGACCCCGCCGCGUCCCCGGGAUCCCCGGCGCGCGAGUACAGCUCUCCGCCGAAGAAGUUCUGCGUGCAGGCGGCUGCGGCGCCCCCGCAUGACGUCGCCGCGGUGACGAUCCCUGACCUCGUCGACCGCAUGGGGAGCGUCUCACUGGAGGACCGGCUCGGGCGUGGCCCAGGGGCGGGGUCGGCGUGGGGGCGGUGGCGGGACGUGGAGUACACGGAGGCGGAGGCGGCGGCGGUGCCGGCAGCGGAGAGCGGACUCGCCUAUUACAUCGACUUGCACGGACAUGCGUCGAAGCGCGGAUGCUUCAUCUAUGGCAACCACAUGGAGGAUGAGGAUCAGCAGAUGGCAGCACUGCUCUACACGAAGCUGCUGUCACUCAACACGCCGCACUUUGACUAUUCCGGCUGCAACUUCACUGAGCGGAACAUGUACACGAAGGACAAACGCGACGGCAUGUCCAAGUCUGGCAGCGGACGCGUCGCCACGUACAAAAUGACCGGCAUCAGCCACUGCUACACGCUGGAGUGCAACUACAACACGGGCUGCGUCGUCAACGUGCUGCCGCUCUCGCUCAACGACCGCGCGACGCCGCCGCCACCUAUAGGCCUGCCGCCGAAGUACACGCCUCACAUCUGGGGCGAGGUGGGCAAGGCCCUGGCCGUCGCCGCGCUGGACAUGCUGGAAGCGAACCCGUGGUCGCGGCUGCCACGCUCCGAGCAUCAGUCGAUGCGCGGCCUGCGCGACUGGCUGCGUCGGCAGCUGAGAGCCGCCAACGGCCUGCAGCGCUUCAGCAUGCCGCGGCAGACGCAGCGAGCCCCGCCGCCGCCGCCCUCCGGCAACAGCAACGCCAGCACGUCGUGCCUGCCCGCCACCACCGCAGCCGCCGCCGCUGCAGCCGCCAGCAGCAAGGCCGCGUUGUCGACGUGUGCGACGAGGCACGCCGUGGCUACGGCGGCGCGGAGUAGCCGGUCCGAUCUUCAGCGCCACGUCUCGACAGUGAAGCGGACGAGCGAGAAGAUGCCGGGAGGCAAGGCGGCCGUGCUCGUCAACGGUUUUCACGUGGAAGCGCUCAACGCGAGAGGCAACGCGACGCGCGUUGCCGUGCCGACGACCACCAGGGGGAGCACGACGCAUCGGGAGCAACGGGGCAGCGAGGUGGUCGCGCAGCGUCAGUCUCCCCCGUUCGCCAUCACACCGAUCGGCAUGCGCUUCUUCCGACAGAACAAGUCCUCAAAGUCGCCCGCGAGGUCACCACCAAAGCAAUUGUCAUUGGCGAGACCAAACUUCAAGCCUCAGUCUGCAGUUAUGAGACAGCUUUCUGACCCUGUCAUCAUCAAAUCAGCAAUGGCAGGAAAAGGAGAUAUGUUAAAUAUCAUAAAGUGUAAGCCAGGCCAUUCAGCCAAGUCUCCUAGUAACACAGGCAAUAAGAAGACCAAGCCUCGUAGAAAGAGUGUCACCGGCUGGAUCUACGAUUACCUAGGAGCUUGGCAAUACCGUGACUUCCAGCGACAGCUGUGCGACCGACACAGAUCGCAUUUUUACCGUACGAGUAUUUUCCUGAGACUGUUCUCACCUCACGCAUUCGUCAUGUUAGUCAGGACUCUGUCGUACAGUGGCGCUACGCCGUGGCACUUUUACACGCUUGUCCACACCCACACGCACUGUCGUCAACCUAUUCAUUGGUGCAUUCUGGCCUAGGGGGACAGCAAAAAAGAGGAAGAGAGGAAGAAGUGGAGAAUGGAGAAAGGUGGAGCGAGAAACAUAUAUAUAUAUUUUACUUUACUAGAAACUGUUGUAAGUGCAGUGUGGGAGAGUUAUUUAUUAUUUAUAGUGGCUGUUUACAACAAUCUUUUCACGUUGUGUAUAUAAAGAUAUAUAUAUAUAUAUAUAUAUAUGUAUGUAGAGAGAAAUAUAUAUAUAGACAUAUUGGUAUGUAGAUAGACAGUUAGCAUAGAUAUGUAGAGGUGUUCGUUUUACAAGUGAGCCUUUACCAUAUAUUUGUUUUCCCAUUUCAAUACUCAUGCAGCUACACCUAUUUUCAGUGCAGCUAGUGGGCCCCUAUGCUUCAUUUGCUGUCUAACACGUCUCACGAAAUAACCAAAAAAUUCAUUCUAUAUCCAUCAUUUUAAGCAAUCAUUUUGUUCGUUUUUUGACAAAUUUUGCACGAUUCAUUUUAAUAUUUGACACCUCGUUUGAGUUUUCCUGUCAGGUGUUUACAUUGAUUUACUGAAUGUGAAGAGAAUGUGCUCUUGGCUGGUAAUGAAAGAGUUGUUACGAUGAGAAAGGAAAAAACGACACAAAGUGAAUUGCUACACUGUAUACAAUAUGCACCGUUGUGAAUUGUUGACGUGUAUAUUACCAUUUACCAGUGCUGAGCUUAAGCUAAUCCUUAAUCCACAACCCAUUUUGGCUGCUGGAUUAUGCAUUAGCACGAAUUGCUAGACAUCUAUGGUCACGUUGCGUGACUAAGUGUGUUUUCUACUAUCACAAGAACUCUUCUACUCACGUUUUGCGCGAUGAUGCCGUGCCAAAAACCCUCUCUCUCAGUUCAGGUUCAUCGUUCGACCAAAGUAAUGCCGUUUAAUGUCACUCAGCUUUACAUAGGUUUGUGUAGUAACAUUGUAAUUCAUAGAGAAUCGACUGGUGUGACACCCAUUAAUGAUUUAAAAAAGAUUUAGCGCUAAAGAGGGGGAUAUAUGAUUAUUUGAUCAUUUGAAAUAGGCGCUAUAGUGUGUAUAAAUUAGCGCCUUAAAAAAAUAACGAAGAUCGGCCGUAUUGGUGUAGGUUAUAUUCUGUAAAUUGAGCUGUUAAAUAUUUAUCGUUUAUACAUGAUGCAUGAUUGCAUCCGGCUCUGUAGAAUAAUUUAUUACGUCUCUUUUUUUCAGUAACGUGAUAUUGGUAAAGUGUUUUCAUAAUUUACAACAAAAUACAGUCAUAUUCAAUAUGAAAGUUAGUGCGUAUGAGAGAGGAAGGGAUGCAGAUAGGGAGAGCGAGGUGAAUCAGAGGUAAUAAAUAAGGAAGUUAAUAUGAAAAUAAAGAGCCAAAGAAACAAAAGGGGGAGCCAAACCAAGUGAAUGAUAUUAGUGGCAUUUUAUUGUAAAGGUUACUGCAUUCGUGUUGAAAGCAAUAAAAGUAGCAUUUAAUAACUAAGAAA